GUCGGCUUUAGUUAUAAAGACGACAAACAGUAUCACAACUCAGAUAAGUCUACCGCAGAGGACAACCAUUUAGCUCUCGAAGCGUUUUUUGAAAAGUAUCCCAAUUAUAAGAAAAACCCAUUUUAUAUAACGGGUGAAAGUUAUGCCGGAAUUUAUAUCCCAAUGUUAGCCCAACAGAUAUUCAGCAAUAAAUCCACAAUUAAUUUGAAAGGUGUAGCCAUUGGAAAUGGAGCUUACGGUUCAGAAAAAGCACCUUUCAUUUAUAUGGCUAACCAUGACUUUAAUUUGGGCCACGGGUUGCUCACAACGGAGUCCUAUGAGAAGAAGAUUGAGAAUUGCUGUGAAUGUAAAACAGGAGAUGUUUUACAUGAAUGCGAUUUCUAUCACCCGACAAAAUCUUCGACAUGUGGUUCAGUUCGCCUGGAGGAAAUAUAUACUCCUAACCCAUACAACAUAUACGAUGAUUGUGGCGCUAAUUCAGCUUAUAUUAGACUUUAUAACAAUUAUUACGCAAAGAAAUUGAACAAAAAGCCUAUUAGCGAAAGGUCUAAUGAACUAAAGUGUCCAUACAAUGGAUACCCAGAGUAUUUGAAUAGUCCUGAAGUCCGUAAAGCUCUUCACGUUAAGGAAGACGCCAAACAUUGGGCCGAUUGUGGCGGCUCUUACUCCGGCCGCGACACCGACCAGACACCUGUUUUCAAUCAAUUGUUAAAUGAGUAUAAAAUUGGAAAACUUGUUGUGUUUAAUGGAAACUUUGAUACCGUGUGCGGUCACGUCGAGAAUCAACGGUUUAUCGAUAGUUUAAAACUUAACAAAGUUGGUCACUAUAGUGACUGGAAAACCCCUGAUGGAUUUAUUGGUGGAUUUGUGCAAAACUAUGAGAAAAACCUGAGUUUUGUGUUAGUCCGCGGGGCCGGACAUAUGGUUCCCUACGAUAAACCAGAGGCCGCCCUACAGUUACUCAAGAAUGUGGUCGGAAUCACACAGUUUAAGCUAACGUUACUAUGGUUGUCCCUAGCAAAUGAUGAUGAGAUAAAAGACUUACCCGGACUCCCAAAGGCAAUCAAUUUUAAGCAAUAUUCCGGUUAUUUGGAUAUAACUGAAGGCAAACAUUACUUCUAUUGGUUCGUUGAGAGUCAAAAGGAUCCCGAGAACGCACCGGUAGUCCUAUGGCUGAAUGGAGGGCCCGCAAAUGAUGAUGAGAUAAAAGACUUACCCGGACUCCCAAAGGCAAUCAAUUUUAAGCAAUAUUCCGGUUAUUUGGAUAUAACUGAAGGCAAACAUUACUUCUAUUGGUUUGUCGAGAGUCAAAAGGAUCCCGAGAACGCACCGGUAGUCCUAUGGCUGAAUAAAGGACCCGGAUGUAGUUCACUGUUUGGAAACCUGGGAGAGAACGGACCCUUUCGAGUGAAUUCCGACGGGAAGACCCUGGUGUUGAACCCUAGCAGUUGGAAUACUGUGGCGAAUGUCAUAUAUCUUGAAUCCCCGGUUAGUGUCGGCUUUAGUUAUAAAGACGACAAACAGUAUCACAACUCAGAUAAGUCUACCGCAGAGGACAACCAUUUAGCUCUCGAAGCGUUUUUUGAAAAGUAUCCCAAUUAUAAGAAAAACCCAUUUUAUAUAACGGGUGAAAGUUAUGCCGGAAUUUAUAUCCCAAUGUUAGCCCAACAGAUAUUCAGCAAUAAAUCCACAAUUAAUUUGAAAGGUGUAGCCAUUGGAAAUGGAGCUUACGGUUCAGAUAAAGCACCUUUUAUCUAUAUGGCUAAUCAUGACUUUAAUUUGGGCCACGGAUUGCUCACAACGGAGUCCUAUGAGAAGAAGAUUGAGAAUUGCUGUGAAUGUAAAACAGGAGAAGUACAGCAUGAAUGCGAUUUCUAUCACCCGACAAAAUCUUCUGCAGUUCGCUUGGAGGAAAUGUAUACUCCUAACCCAUACAACAUAUACGAUGAUUGUGGCGCUAAUUCAGCUUAUAUUAGACUUUAUAACAAUUAUUACGCAAAGAAAUUAAACAAAAAGCCUAUUAGCGAAAGGUCUAAUGAACUAAAAUGUCCAUACAAUGGAUACCCAGAGUAUUUGAAUAGUCCUGAAGUCCGUAAAGCUCUUCACGUUAAGGAAGACGCCAAACAUUGGGCCGAUUGUGGCGGCUCUUACUCCGGCCGCGACACCGAUCAGACACCUGUUUUCAAUCAAUUGUUAAAUGAGUAUAAAAUUGGAAAACUUGUUGUGUUUAAUGGAAACUUUGAUACCGUGUGCGGUCACGUCGAGAAUCAACGGUUUAUCGAUAGUUUAAAACUUAACAAAGUUGGUCACUAUAGUGAAUGGAAAACACCUGAUGGAUUUAUUGGUGGAUUUGUGCAAAACUACGAGAAAAACCUGAGUUUCGUGUUAGUCCGCGGGGCCGGACAUAUGGUUCCCUACGAUAAACCAGAGGCUGCCCUACAGUUACUCAAGAAUGUGGUCGGAAUCACACAAUACUAU